AUGAAGAUGAGUGAGGGUGGCUACAGCGCGAUCUAUUCUGCAGUUUGGUUAGAAGGUCCAAAAUGGAUCUAUGAUGAGGCAUCUGAAGAUUACACCAGAACUGGUCCAACUAAAGUUGCUUUAAAAAGAUUCAAUAAUCUCAAUUCCAUUACAGGUGUGAUCAGUUGGAGAGAUAUGAUCGACAUGUUGUGGGAUAUUUCAUGUGGACUGGAGAAAAUCCAUUCCCAAGAUUUGUUUCAUGGUAAUCUUCAUGGUGGUAAUUUGUUAAUCGAAGAGGAAAAUGUUUCAACCGAUGCAAAACUUGCUGAUGUGGGAUUUUAUGGGCCUGUCAACCAAAGACCUACGGCUAGAGAGUUGACGAAAAUAUUUUCCGAUUGGAUUUAUGAUAUGUGCGACAAUCCAAACGAAACGGAGAUUUCUAUAGAUUUUUCUAAAGCGGAAGAUGAAAGGCAGUUAUUAUUCGAGACAAUAUUAAUGUUAGACGUUGUUUUUAGAUGUUAG